AUGUCGAAAAAUCGUCAAGUUCUUUCGAUUGAACCAGCUGAUCGAUUAGUAUUUAAAGGACCGUAUAAAGCACAGGUGACUUCCUAUUUGAAAUUAACAAAUCCAACAGAUCGCGUUGUUUGUUUCAAGGUUAAAACAACGGCACCUAAACAAUAUAAUGUUCGCCCCAGUCAAGGAAUUAUUAAUGCGGGAGAAACGACAGUAGUUGCAGUUAUGUUACAUCCAUUUGACGAAUCAGCUGGCAUUGAUUAUGAACAGAUAAGGCAUCGUUUCUUAGUACAAAGUGUUUUUGCUCCCUCCGAUGAAUUUUGUUUGGAUACUCUAUGGAAAAAAGUAGUUCCAACUGAAUUAAUGGAUUCGAAAUUGAAUGUUGUAUUCGAUACAAGUGCAAUGGAAAAUAUUGCUCGUGAUAAUGCGUAUAAUAAUUCAUCGAAUGAGAUAAAAAUAUCUUUAGGAGAGAACAAUGGAAGUGAUAGAAAAAGUGCUGAUCGAAGCAAUAGCGACAUCGCUAAAAUGAACUUGGAAAGAGAAAAUAAUAAUUUAAAGGCACGCAUAGCUGCACUUGAAGCUAUUUCUUCAGUAGGAGGGAACGAAAGACAGGAAAGCGGUAUUGCUAUUCUUCAGGUAGCUUUAAUCGCUCUUGCUGCAUUAUUGAUUGGUCUUAUUUUCGGAAAGCUUUUUUAA